UGGCUACUGUACUUUAGUUUGAUCAUCAUGCGUGAAAUUGUACAUCUGCAGAUUGGACAAUGUGGAAACCAGAUUGGCUCAAAGUUUUGGGAAGUGAUCGGUGAAGAACAUGGGAUCAAUGCAACCGGCAUCUAUGAGGGAGACUCCAACCUCCAGCUGGAGAGGGUCAAUGUCUACUUCAAUGAGGCACAUGGUGGUAAAUAUGUGCCCAGGGCCCUGCUUGUUGACUUGGAGCCUGGCACCAUGGACAGUGUGAGGGGGAGCCGCAUCGGGGCGCUCUUUAGGCCGGACAACUUCAUCCAUGGAAACUCAGGAGCUGGAAACAACUGGGCAAAGGGCCACUACACCGAGGGAGCCGAGCUGGUGGAGCAGGUGAUAGACAGAGUGAGGAACGAGAGCGAAAGCUGCGACUGCCUGCAGGGCUUCCAGUUCGUCCACUCCCUGGGUGGAGGAACUGGCUCCGGCAUGGGAACCCUCAUCAUCAACAAGAUCCGAGAGGAGUAUCCUGACCGCAUCAUGAACAGCUUCAGCAUCAUGCCCUCCCCUAAGGUCUCUGACACGGUGGUGGAGCCCUACAACGCCACCCUUUCGGUGCACCAACUCCUGGAGAACACGGAUGAGACUUACUGCAUUGACAAUGAGGCCCUGUACGACAUCUGCUUCCGCACGCUGAAACUGACCACACCAACAUACGGAGACCUCAACCACUUGGUCUCCCUGACCAUGAGCGGGGUGACCACCUCCCUGAGAUUCCCUGGCCAGCUCAAUGCAGACCUGAGGAAGCUGGCAGUCAACAUGGUGCCCUUCCCUCGUCUCCACUUCUUCAUGCCGGGCUUUGCACCUUUGACGGCGCGCGGCAGCCAGCAGUACAGAGCCCUCACAGUGCCUGAGCUCACCCAGCAGAUGUUCGACGCCCGCAACAUGAUGACGGCCUGUGACCCGAGAAGGGGGCGCUACCUUACAGUCGCUGGCGUGUUCCGUGGCAGGAUGUCCACCAAAGAGGUAGACGAACAGAUGCUGGCAAUCCAGCAGAAAAAUAGCAACUACUUUGUCGAUUGGAUCCCCCAUAACGUCAAGGUCGCCGUGUGUGACAUACCACCCCGAGGCCUCAAAAUGGCCUCCACUUUCAUUGGCAACAACACAGCCAUUCAGGAGAUAUUCCGCCGAGUGGGGGAGCAGUUCUCCCUUAUGUUCAGGCGGAAGGCUUUUCUCCACUGGUACACAGGGGAGGGCAUGGAUGAGAUGGAGUUCACCGAAGCAGAGAGCAACCUCAAUGACCUUGUGUCAGAGUACCAGCAGUACCAAGAUGCCACCGCUGAUCUGGAGUGGGAGGCAGAGGAUGAAGAGGAGGAGGGCCCCUCAUCAGCAGUGGCAACAAAGGUUCAGUCUCGAACGGAAAUUAAGAUGGAGACAGUGACUGAAACAACCACAGAAACUGCAGGCAAAGAUGAAUAGAGAAUAAAACUCUGGCAGACAAUGGGGUGAUAUCCUGUAGCAGGGAUGUGAAUGAAAAAUGUGGAAUUGUUGGCCUAUCAAAGAACACUUUUUUUAAUGUCGAGGGUCGAUUUAAAGGGUCUUUACUGAAAGGUGCUGUUACAGACUUAUAAAAUACUACUUAUUCUCUAUUAUAUAUUCUUCAAUACCUUGUAUGCUUUCCGUAUGUGUUUUAAAGCUUUGCAGGCUUUAAGAGUUUAGCUUUAAGAGUUCAUUUUCAUAUUUAAUGUUUGGGAAAUUAUGUUUUAGGGAGGGAAAUAUCUGUAUAUAAGUUCCAUGUGUUGUUAGCUUUAUUUAAUUCACUAUAUUUAUCUUGCACUCCUGAUCAUGUAGUUAAGAGAUGAA